AUCAUCAGCAGUUCAGCAGCAGCUCCUCCACCUCAUCAUCAGCAGUUCACCAGCAGUUCCACCUCAUCAUCAGCAGUAGCUCCAUAUCAUCAUCAGCUCCACCUCAUCAUUAGCCCAGUUCGCUCAGCAGCAGCACCUCCACCUCAUCGUCAGCUCAUCAACGGAUCCACCUCCUCAUUAUCACAAUUCGCUCAGCAGCAGCACCUCGUCGUCAUCACCACCUCCUCGAGACUCCUCAGCAGCUGCAGCAGCAUUUCCAACCCCUACUUUUACGAACUGCUCAACUCCUGCAUCAACUUUAUAAUCGUCGCCAGGAGUAGUUCCACUUGAUUAUCAUCAUCAACCUCAUCGUCAGCAGCUCAAUGUCUUCAUCAGCUUAACUUCAUCGUCAGCGUCAUCAGCAGUAGCAGGAGCAGCAACAACUCGACAUCUCAAGUAGCUGAUCAUCGUCAUCUGAAGUAGCUGAUCAUCAUCAUCUGAAGUAGCCCAUUAUCACCACCAGAAGUACCUAUCUCAUCAUCGGCUUCAGCCUCCUCUUCAUCAUCAUCAUCGGCUGCAGCAGCAGCAGCAGCUGCGUCUCCUCUUUAAAGUUAUCGUCGCGCCCACCAGUCAGCCAGACGACUCGAGAGCCAUGGGCCUCAGGAAGAAGAGCAAGAGCCCACCGCUCUUCAGCCAGGACUUCGUGAUCCAGAACCACGCGGACAUCAUGAUCUUCGUGGUCAUCGCCUUCCUCUUCGGGGUCAUGUUCGAGGCGACUGCAAACACUGCUUUCAUGUUCAUGUCCAUCCAACACAACAUCACAACCCAAGAUGAAGAUGGAAGUGGAGAGCCGAGCAGUGUUUACCAGUAUGGCAAGAAGGACUUUGCCACAAUUUUCUUUUACAUUAUUGUGGCUAUUGUUAUCCACGGUACAGUUCAAGAGUAUAUUCUGGAUAAGCUGCACCGUCGCCUGCACUUGUCCAAGAUGAAGCACAGCAAGUACAACGAGUCGGGGCAGCUCUCCUUCUUCUCCUUGAUAUUUUCCUUCUGGGGGCUUUACAUCAUCAUUGUGGAAGAAUAUGCUACACAGCUGUCAAGACUUUGGGAAGGAUUUCCACAUACCACUAUGUCUUGCUAUGUGAAGUUUUACUACAUUUUUCAGCUGGCUUACUGGGUUCAUGCAUUGCCUGAGCUCUACUUUCAAAAAAUAAAAAAAGAAGAAAUUUCAAAACAACUUCAACACAUCAGCCUUUACAUAAUUCAUAUUGCUGCAGCAUAUCUACUUAAUCUCACACGGCUUGGGAUGCUGCUCAUUGUCUUGCAUUAUAUGGUGGAGUUUGUUUUUCACAUCUCCCGGAUUUUUUACUUCAUCGAUGAAAACUACCAGAAAGGGUUCCAGGUGUGGGCAGUGCUAUUUGGGCUGUCGCGUCUCAUCACACUGACACUGUCCGUCCUCACUAUUGGCUUUGGCCUGGCACGCUCCGAAAACCAGACCUUGGAUGUAGCUGCUGGAAACUUCAACACUCUACUGAUAAGGAUUUGUUUGUUGGCACUGAUCUGCCUCACACAAGCCUGGAUGAUGUGGACAUUUAUUAAAUUUCAGCUGAGGCAAUGGAGAGAAUACAAGAUGUCAAUUUCAAACAAGAAGAAGCAAGCUACACUUAAACUCAAGAAAGAUUCAGCGUACGAAAACGGCAUUGUGAAAAUCACCACAGGACCAUCAGUCAAUGGCAAGAAAAGAAAGAGUUCGUAAACUGACCAAGACCCCCUUAUGUACAGAGGAUGCCUUUAUUUUUGUCAACACGGAUGUGCCCUUAACUUGCUUUCAAUUUAGUGCCAGUAGUUGAUUCGGUUUCGCAGUGUUACUUUUAAAGCGUUGAACAUGCGUAUUAUCUUUCCCACAAAACAAUACUCUUUCCUCAAUCCCAUUCAAAACUAGACCCUUGAGGUUUGUGACUGAUCCAACACAAAUACAGUAUUUACGUUGUACUUUUUUUUUACAAAAUGUUUAUGCGUACCAAAGGAAGCGAACUGUUAAAACCAAAAAGUUGGUUUGACCGCACAUUUUUUUGACAUUUUGUGGCAUAAAAUUGUAUCACUUCUUUCGUACAUACGUACAGCUGAUGUAGAUGCUGAGCAACAACUUCAAUUUCGCAUUUAGGUGGUCAAGCCAGAUAACGGCGUCAGGAGCAGCGGAGUGUAUCGCUGCAAUGUCUGUGGUAUCACUGAAUUCUUAGCAGUUACUGGCACUAAAUAUGCGACUUUGAAAGCAGUGAACUAAUGAGUGUUCCUGUGCAGCACCUAAUCGAACCUCUGAAAGCAACAGGACGGCAUCCAGAGUUAUCCGUGUUCAUUUUCUAUCCUGCACUACCCCACUUAUUGUUUGAUUGGACAAUCUCCACUUUGCUGUGAAACACUUCUAAGUGAGCGGAAUAAAGUUAACAAGUUGCGUGCAUAUGCAAGUAUUAGAAGACAAUAAGUAGACCCCCUCCCUCACAUUAACUGCACGUCAGUCAGAUCAUUGUUUUUUUGUGUAUGGGCACUUCCAAAUAUUGGGUAAUGCAAUGCCUUUUUUUUCCUUUGGAACAUUAGUAGCAUUGGUAAUGGGAGCACAGUGGAAAAUGCAGUAUUAAUGUUAAAGCAUAAAAACGUAAUAGUUAUAUACACAUGGAAUGCAUUAAUUUGCAAAUGUUUGUAAUGCUUGUCAUUUGAAUUCACUCUUUUCCCAGUUUGUACAUGGCGUAAUACCAAAAACUAUUUAAAAAUGUGUUGCACGAACCUUCAUAUACAACUGAUAUUGUGUAAUAGCUUCUUAAACACCUACAUACCAUGUUGGGCUUUUUUGAUGGAUGCAAAAUGUGUUAAAGUGAAAAGAAAGUUCAGCUUGAUGACCUUAUUCAGCCAUAUUGGUUGGUCAUAAUGGCAUAUCUCAAGGCCGUAGAGCCAUUUUUGAACAAAGGGAAUUCUUAAGACUGCUGCCUUAAGUGUGUAGUUUUUGUUAAUAUUUGGGACAGUACUCUGAAGUGAGGUCUGUUUUUCUUUGCCUGAUGCUGAAUAGCAUACGUUAAUAUGUAGACAAUGGUUUGCAUAUUGCAUUAAAUGCCCAGUGGUUAAUUUACUACCAUGAACCCAUUAUUUGAAUUCUUCUUUAAAUGUAAAUUAUAGUGACAAUUUAAAAAGCAACCAAUCGAAAAGCAUUAAGCCACGUACAAUUACAGAAACUUAGCCAAUACCCCCAUUUUCAAAUGUGGUAGACUGUUUUCGUGUUUGUUAAAUUGUUGUAUGUGUUAUCUUUGUGGAAUGCGUUAUAAGCAUGUGAAAGCAUUUUGUGGCUUUGUAUUUAGUUUUCCUGUGGUUGUAUGUCUUUGUAUUGGUGGUUGCAGUUACCUGGACCCUGACUUGUCAGUGUUUUUUUUUGCACCAGAAAAUGCUUCGUUAACAUGCGCAUAAGUGAUCGCACAGUUUCUGAUUGUGAUUAAUGAUGCUUACACAACAUGUCCUUUGUAUUUGCGAAUUUGUACAUACAAUUGGUUUCAUGUGAAUAUGUGGCAACAAUCAAAUAGUUUUAGAGUCGGGUUAACACUCAUUCAGCUAGCAGGCAGAUAUGUUAUAACAUUUUGAGACAUUUUAGACAAGGGGGUUAUGUUUUUUCAAAUUUGACGUCAGUCUGGCCACUCAGCGACAGUUAUUCGGGGGAAUACUGUGACGCAUCAAUCCCACCGGCAAAACUUAAGAAGCUUCAAACCGUAAGUACAUGUUUAUAUGGAAUUAUAGGGUGACAAUAUAUGCUUUAUAUGUUUCGAUAUUUUUCUAGUUAAAGUUCGUAGCAUAUUGCAAAGGUAAGCAAUAUGGUAACAAGAACACCAAAACUUCUGCUAGAAAUAGGAGUGCCUUGUAAAUCCCUUUUUACAAUACAUAAUUUUUUGGGAGUUUUUGUAUUCGGGAGGUCAUUAACGUAAUGGAUAAUUAUAACCUAUGAAGACUUGCAUUCUGCUGUGAUGUUGCGUCAUUCUUACUGUCGGGCAAGCUAUUCUUAUGAAAGGAUUAUCGUUCUUUUCCAAACUCUACAUGAUUUGUGCACAUUCACAUUUGUGUGUGCAUUUGACUUGUUGAAUCGGGGCCUUGUUUUAAUGGCAUUUUAUUCAGCCUUAAAACAUUUUGAAGUAAACUAACCAUGAUUGCGCUUAACUUUCCAGAACUGUUUACCGCUUGCUUACAUUUUUAGAAUUACAUAUUCUUUCAGAUGUUUACUUUAAAAAAUAUAUUUUUUAUGGUAAACAGUUAUACUACACCUAACAUUUCUAUAUUUUGACUUUUUAUACCGUUUAUAAAACAAUUUCCAAAGGUUAUGUACAGAACCAACUCAAGUGUAAUGGAGAUUAUUGUUUGACAGAAUGCUGAAAAUGUUUUCAAUGUUAUUUUUACAUAGUUGCAAUAAAUGUGGUGAAAUCAGAGCUUAGUUAAACAAAUGCUACCAAAACGCAUUACUGUAUUCCUGAUCUACAUUUUAGCAGUACUUGCCAGCAACCACCAGAAGUGUGCUAAACAGGUUUUCCCAGUUGUAAGAAUUUACCGCUAAAAAAAAAUCAACCAACGAUAGAAAAAGAUCACCCAGUGGAAAAACCAGUUUACCAUCGGCGACUGUGACUGCCGGUAAAUGCUGCCAGAAGCACUGGCCACCAUUCUCCACCCAGAUCCCGAUGUAUGUGGUCUCAUGGUAGGGUCAUCUUGGCUAUCCCACUCCCCAGGGGUCAGCAACCUGCAGCUAUGGAACCGCCCGCGACUCUUUAAUGACUGUUUCGUGUCGUUAUUCGCAUGCAUUUACGGCUCGUGGAAAAUAUUGAGGUUUUAUUUUUUUACAGAAUUCAAAAGAAAAUGGCUCUUGUUAUUUUGGUUGCCUACCCCUGGGCUAUUCUGUGCACAGACAGAAAUGGCGUCAAGUUGACCAAGGCGCCUGGCCAGGUGGCUUUUAGAGGCUUAUGAUUAGUAAAAUGUCGCUAAUGCUAUCUGCACACAAACUAUUUGUUUGGCCUAGAGAAUAUGCAAAUGAAUACACUAGAUGUUUGGGGAAACUGUUGGGAUUGAAUGUAAAGUUUUUUUUAUAAAGUGUAAGAAUGAAUGAUUCCUUUUAGAAUGACAAAUUUUUAGUAUCAUAAAUCUAAAGUGCCUUAAAGAGUUGCUUUCAAAAUGUAAAGAUUCCAACAUUGAUUCUACCUCAUUAAACCAGGGGCUGUUUUGUCAAAAUGUAAGUACAGUACUGUGAUUUUGUAGCCAUCCCUGUUUAUGCUUUCGUUCCUCGUGGCCUUCACUUGAAUGCCAUUUUAGCAAGUCUUUAUUUUCCACACCGAGAGAUGCCAGCUUGCUUGCAUUUUUUCUGAAGAAAAUUAGUUCCUAUUAAACAGUGAUUUUGACAAGUCUACUUCCAUCCAUGCAUCCAAAUGCAACUCGAGUACAGUAUUUUUGGGAGGUGUGAACUUUGUGUUGUCAUAUCAAAUUAUUAUUUGCUUAUACGUGCUUAUUUGCUUGCUGUAAACUUUUCCACAUUGUAUCUCUCGUCGAAGCUUUUUAAGAAUUUACAGAUACAGUAAUUUAAUACCAUUUUCACUAUUGACAAGAUUGGAAAUAAACGUUUUCAAUUGUA